GGUGAGGAGGAGGAGAAGGAGGAGGAGGCGGAGGGAGGGAGGAGGAGGCCCCGUCGCGGCCUUCGCCGCCGCCAACGGGGCUGUCCCUGUAGCUCCCGAUGGAGUUUGAGGCCCUGAAACCGCCGCCGAGCUCUGCCCCGGCGAGACGAGGCGCCUCCGUCGCCGAGCCGCGCCGUCGCGGGGCCCCCGGGAGCGGCCCUUAGCGACCCCGCCCGGGCCCCUCAGCUUUUAAAACACUACACAACAAAAUAAUGAUCUGCUAGACUGCUAACCUGAGCAUCAGCUUCCACAAUGCCUGUGCAGGCAGCUCAGUGGACAGAGUUUCUGUCCUGUCCAAUCUGCUAUAAUGAAUUUGAUGAGAAUGUGCACAAACCCAUCAGUUUAGGUUGUUCACAUACAGUUUGCAAGACCUGCUUGAAUAAACUUCACCGAAAAGCGUGUCCUUUUGACCAAACUGCCAUAAACACAGACAUUGAUGUGCUCCCUGUCAACUUUGCACUUCUUCAGUUAGUUGGAGCCCAGGUACCAGAUCAUCAGUCAAUAAAAUUAAGUAAUCUAGGUGAGAAUAAACACUAUGAAGUGGCAAAAAAAUGUGUUGAAGAUUUGGCACUCUACUUAAAACCACUAAGUGGAGGAAAAGGUGUAGCUAGUUUGAACCAGAGUGCCCUGAGUCGUCCAAUGCAAAGGAAGCUAGUUACUCUGGUAAACUGUCAACUGGUGGAGGAAGAAGGUCGCGUCAGAGCUAUGCGAGCUGCCCGUUCACUAGGAGAAAGAACUGUGACAGAACUGAUCCUGCAGCACCAGAACCCUCAGCAACUGUCUGCCAACCUGUGGGCUGCUGUCAGGGCACGAGGGUGCCAGUUUCUAGGGCCAGCUAUGCAAGAAGAAGCCUUGAAGUUGGUAUUGUUGGCAUUAGAAGAUGGUUCUGCCCUCUCAAGGAAAGUUUUGGUACUUUUUGUUGUGCAAAGACUGGAACCAAGAUUUCCUCAGGCAUCAAAAACAAGUAUUGGUCAUGUUGUGCAGCUACUAUAUCGAGCUUCUUGUUUUAAGGUUACUAAAAGGGAUGAAGACUCUUCCCUGAUGCAGUUAAAGGAGGAAUUUCGGAGUUAUGAGGCACUUCGCAGAGAACAUGAUGCCCAAAUUGUUCACAUUGCCAUGGAAGCAGGACUCCGUAUUUCACCUGAGCAGUGGUCCUCACUGCUAUAUGGGGACUUAGCUCAUAAAUCACACAUGCAGUCUAUCAUUGAUAAGCUACAGUCUCCAGAAUCAUUUGCAAAGAGUGUCCAGGAAUUGACAAUUGUUUUGCAACGAACAGGUGACCCAGCUAAUUUAAACAGACUGAGGCCUCACUUAGAACUUCUUGCAAAUAUAGAUCCUAAUCCAGAUGCUGUUUCACCAACUUGGGAACAGCUGGAAAAUGCAAUGGUAGCUGUUAAAACAGUGGUUCAUGGUCUUGUGGACUUCAUACAGAAUUAUAGUAGAAAAGGCCAUGAGACACCCCAGCCUCAACCAAACAGCAAGUAUAAAACUAGCAUGUGCCGAGACUUAAGACAACAAGGGGGUUGUCCAAGAGGAACAAAUUGUACUUUUGCCCAUUCUCAGGAAGAACUUGAAAAGUACCGACUAAGGAACAAAAAGAUGAGUGCAACUGUAAGAACGUUUCCUCUUCUAAAUAAAGUUAGUGUAAAUAGCACUGUUACAACCACAGCUGGAAAUGGCAUUCCUGUCAUAGGAAGUACUGAAACAUCUGGGAAAAUUGUUCCAAGUACAAAUGGAAUUUCAAAUGCAGAAAACAGUGUUUCCCAGCUAAUUCCACGGAGCACUGACAGUGCUUUAAGGACUCUGGAGACUGUGAAGAAAGUUGGGAAAGUUGGCACUAAUGGCCAAAAUACUGCUGGGCCCUCUACAGAGUCGGUAUCUGAAAAUAAAAUUAGUUCUCCACCCAAGACUCCUGUAAGUAAUGCAGCAGCUACCUCCGCUGGGCCCUCUAAUUUUGGAACAGAGCUGAGCUCCAUGCCUCCCAAAUCCAGUGCGUUUCUAACUAGAGUUCCAGUAUAUCCUCAGCAUUCUGAAAGCAUUCAGUAUUUUCAAGAUCCAAGGACUCAAAUACCCUUUGAAGUCCCACAAUACCCACAAACAGGGUACUACCCACCACCUCCAACCGUACCAGCUGGUGUGACUCCUUGUGUUCCUCGCUUUGUGAGGUCCAAUAAUGUUCCAGAGUCCUCCCUCCCACCUGCUUCCAUGCCAUAUGCUGAUCACUACAGCACAUUUUCCCCUCGAGACCGGAUGAACUCUCCUUACCAGCCUCCUCCUCCGCAACAGUAUGGACCAGUACCUUCUGGAAUGUAUGCUCCUGUGUAUGACAGCAGGCGCAUCUGGCGCCCAGCUAUGUACCAACGAGAUGACAUUAUUAGAAGCAAUUCUUUACCUCCAAUGGAUGUGAUGCACUCAUCUGUCUAUCAGACAUCUUUACGGGAAAGAUAUAACUCAUUAGAUGGGUAUUAUUCAGUGGCUUGUCAGCCACCAAAUGAACCAAGGACGACUGUGCCUUUACCAAGGGAGCCUUGUGGUCAUUUGAAGACCAGUUGUGAGGAACAGAUAAGAAGAAAGCCAGAUCAGUGGGCACAGUACCAUACCCAGAAAGCACCUGUCUCUUCAACUCUACCUGUGGCAACACAGUCACCAACACCUCCUUCUCCUCUGUUCAGUGUAGACUUCCGAACAGAUUUCUCUGAGAGUGUGAGUGGCACAAAAUUUGAGGAAGACCAUCUUUCCCAUUAUUCUCCCUGGUCUUGUGGCACCAUAGGCUCUUGUAUAAAUGCCAUUGAUUCAGAGCCGAAAGACGUAAUUGCUAAUUCAAAUGCUGUGCUAAUGGACUUGGACAGUGGGGAUGUAAAGAGAAGAGUGCAUUUAUUUGAAACACAGAGAAGGACAAAAGAAGAAGACCCAAUUAUUCCCUUUAGUGAUGGACCCAUUAUCUCAAAAUGGGGUGCAAUUUCCCGAUCCUCCCGAACAGGUUACCAUACAACAGAUCCCAUCCAGGCCACUGCUUCCCAAGGAAGUGCAACUAAGCCCAUCAGUGUAUCAGAUUAUGUCCCUUAUGUCAAUGCUGCUGAUUCAAGGUGGAGUUCAUAUAGCAACGAGGCCACAUCAUCAGCACACUAUAUUGAACGGGACAGAUUCAUUGUUACUGAUUUAUCUGGUCAUAGAAAGCAUUCCAGUACUGGAGACCUUUUGAGCAUUGAACUUCAGCAGGCCAAGAGUAACUCACUACUUCUUCAGAGGGAAGCUAAUGCUCUGGCCAUGCAACAGAAAUGGAAUUCCCUGGAUGAAGGCAGACAUCUUACUUUAAAUCUUCUAAGCAAGGAAAUUGAACUGAGAAAUGGAGAGAGUGAUUAUACAGAAGACACAGUAGAUACGAAGCCCGAUAGAGAUAUUGAGUUAGAGCUUUCAGCACUUGAUACUGAUGAACCUGAAGGACAAAGUGAACAAAUUGAAGAAAUCCUGGACCUACAGCUUGAUAUCAGUUCUCAAAAUGAUCAGUUGCUGAAUGGAACAGCAAUGGAAAAUGGCCAUCCAGGCCAGCAGCACCAGAAGGACACAGUAAAGCAGAAGAGACAGAGCUUAGGUGAAGACCAUGUGAUUCUGGAGGAGCAAAAACCAGUUCUUCCGGUAACGUCUUGCUUUAGCCAGCCACUCCCAGUGUCUAUUAGCAGUACAGGCUGCCUCCCCAUCACCACAUCUGUCAGUGUUGGCAACCUCAUUCUGAAAACUCAUGUUGUGUCUGAAGAUAAAAACAACUUUUUGAAACCUAUUGCAAAUGGGAAGAUGGUUAACAGCUGAAAGGAGGCUCAUCUUUCAAAUUUGUGACCACACCAUGGAAGCAUUUACACUAGCUUUUUAUAUAUAUAAUAUAUAUUAUAUAAUGUAUAUUUUUUUUAAAAAAAAAAAGAUAUUACUGGGGGCAUCCAUUUCCUGUGGACUCUUUGAUACUUCAAGCCCUCUUGCAUUAGCAUUAUGAAAAAAAAGAAAAGAAAAUUUACUUUACUAGGGUGUAACGUUCACUUUCCAGAAAUUAUUGGAAUUUGGACAACAUUAUCUUAAGCUUCAAGCAGCUUUUUAUGAGUUUGUAGCAAUCCGGUGCAGUAACUGAGCCAUUUCCUAUUUUAAAUGGCUUCUACAGUAAAUUAACAACUCAGUUAUUAAACUAGCAGGAUCCUACAAUGAUACAUCUAGUGAAAGUAGAGUUAAUUAAUUUAUUUCUAUUUUGUGUUUCACUGAGAGAAAUUUCCAUCUCAUUCCAGCUGCUUUAUUUAUCUUUUUUAUUGGACUUUGCAUGGAUUUUUCUUUUUAUUUUCCUGUUUCUUUUUUCUUUUUUGUUUUUGAAAAGUGGAGUUAGAUGUUCUUACCAUAGAGUUUUACAGGGUUAUAUAAUAGCUUUCUUUACUGCAUUAUAUGUGGAAGUGUGGUGCAGUGCUUUUAUCUGUAGCAUUUAAUUUUUAAUUUCCCAUUUUUCAAGAAUAGUUUUCUGCUUUGUUAAUAUUUAUACACAGGCUACUUGUUGAAGUAAUUAAUUAAAAAUAUAACCAAGUGCCUAAGUCUUUCAGCUGAUGUACUAGAUAUUAAAUUCUCCUAAGUUAUGCAGAAUCGUUUUUACAAUUUUGAUAAAUUAUGCACUAAUGUAAUGGCAAUUUUUUAAAAUGCAGAUUUAAGCCUGUGCAUUAUUGAAUCUGAUGACUUGGCAGAAGAAUCAGGUGCUUUCACCUUUCUUGAGAAAACCCUGUCUGUAGCAUUUGCACUGACUAACAAGAUGGUCUUGCUGGGUCUUUAAUUUAAAGAGAUUAAUUUGAGUGUUCAUUGCAUUGUUUUAGUUACAUAUUGUUUGUUAUUAACUUCAUGUUGGGUUUAAUUUUCCUUGUUUUCUGACUGUUAGUUUGAUGAGACUAUGAACCAUGUAGUAGUAGAACAUUGGCUAACAUUUACCCAUACUUAAGAACAUGAAUAAUUUCUGCCCUGCCAUAAUGUGACUGAAAUUUUCACUUGUCAUCUAUAAGUAUGCAUUAUGUUCAGUCAGCCAUGUCUCACAUUUGUGGGUGGUAUUUUAUUGAAGUUUAAAUUUCAGUCCACAUUUGAAAACAAAAGCUGGGCAUUCCUUCCUGGUGGUAAUCUUACCUAUAGUUUAUCUUUUUUUGUUUUUCCUCCAUUUCUUUAAGAUUAGUUUGACUUUUAUUAUUUUUUAAUUAACUUCUGUGAAGUUGUUUACUCUGACAAAUGUACUGGAAUAUUUUAAGCCAAGCUGAUCUUUCACCAGGUGUACUGUAUGUAAGGGCUUCUCCUGCUAGCAAGAUGCUUAAACAGGAUCAUGUUAUUGGUCGUCUGAGCUAUUUAGUUAUUUUACAAAAAAACCACAGCAUUGUAUCAGAUAAGAUUUUGAUAAAAGUUUUGUGCACAUUUCCAGGGGUGGGAGGGUUGACAUUUCCCUGAAAUUUCUUGAUUGGAAUGAGUAAAUACUGGUGUUUGAUACCUGUCUUAAUGAACAUGCUCAUAAGGUGACUGAUAAGUUGUAAAUAAUACCUGAGAAACAAAGGGGUAGUUUUGAUAUUCUGGUGUCAGUAUGGAAGAUCUUACACAUUUAUUUAAUACUUAAGUGUAUGAAGAUGUUUGUUUGUAGCAUAACAGCACAGUAGCCUUGACUUAGUUUCCUUUGAUUAGUACUGUACCUCUUUGCCAUGGCCAGUGCUCCCCAUCCCUACAAAGACAUUUUAUUUAUUUCACUCUGUCACCUGAAAUGAAUAGGAACAAGAGUUUUAAACCAUGUUACAUUAACUUAUUUCUGACAUUAUAAAUUCACUUAGAAUAUUACAGGAACAUGAUUGUUAUGUAAUUUAUAUCAGAACCUUUCUUUGAAUAUGAACUUACUACAUUUAAAAUGCUUCCAAUGUUCUUUUUUUUUUUCUGUUUAUAAUUCCAAAAAGGUUAUGUAAAUCAGUCUGUUUGUUUCAUGAAUAUUUAAUAGUGAGAUCUUCCAUGUUGAAGGUAAUGUAUUUUUUUUUUAAGAUUUUAAAAUUGCUAUUUUGUUACAAAAUAGAGACCUAUUAACAGUUGAGAGCUCCUUAUGUGCCCUCAGGGAAAGAACCCUCCGUGCAACAGAACUACACAAACAUCCUCAGCACUUUCUGAGGGUGAAUAUAUACUACAUAAAUUGAUCUUGUGUAUUUAACCUUUUUAAUUUUAAAAUUGAAAUUUUGAAGCGUGGUUGUGCUCUGCUGGAGGGGAUUGGGAUGCUUAGGUGUUCACCUACUUGUUCAGUAAAUUACAUUUGCAUCAGUAUGUGUACUUGCCAACCUUAUUGGUAUGUCUCACACACUUAGAGUAAAAUAAUGCUUGUCUUGCAGCAGAUGAUCCCAUAAAGUAAUUACUCCCUAUUCUUAAAUUUUUACUCUUCCUCACUAACAACAUAGGAAUUGUUUCUGUGUCGAUGUUAUUCUGUAUUGCAUCUUUUAUGUGGUGACAACCUACUGUCUGUUUUGGUGGGUUUAAUGUGAAAUAAAGCCAUUGGAUCUCUGCCACUUCAGAAGAAAGAACAGUUCAUCUGACCUUUCUUCAAAAUGGUUACCUACUGAUGAUAGAGGAAAAUAGUACAAACAGACCUAGACCAUGGCUUUUUUAAAAUUGGGGGCAAUCAUCACUUUGAUUUACCAAGACAUUGUGAUGAACACAUUUGGCAUCAGAGGCUACAAUGCAAUUGAAGAGAAAAUUUGUAAUAUUGAUAUAUAAACUGCAUGUGUUGCCUGUGGAUCCAAUCAGGAAAAAGCAGUCUGAAGUCUGAAAAGCAGGAAAAUGUUGUGUGUUUCCUUUAUGUUUUGUUUUUCUUCCCAAUUUGUAAGUUUAGAUCCUAAUAAGUGUGCCACAUUGAGAUGCUGUAAAUGUAACAUCAUUAGUCUUGUGUGGGGUCAUUUCAUUUUAUGAAUUCUAAGAGUUCUGUGUGUAUUCCUUCUAGUUGGUACCUAAACAAAUCAGAUUCUCUUGCCCUUGCUACCAUGACUUAUUUCAAUGUCAUGCAACAGACCAGUAUAUGUGGGGACAGUUGUACAUUGUAAUUUUUUUUUUUUAAGGUAGCUCUUUAAGCCCAUGUCACUGAUUCCCUCCUUUCAUAGAUUUUUACUCUAGUAAGAGAAUUAAAUGAAAUCUCUCAUACAAAAACUUAAACUUUCCCGUUUGUACGGCUCCUACUCACUUUGACCCAGAUUUCAAGUUGAUGCUGAGUUACAAAGCACAUCCUGAUUUUAUAUACAGAAGUUUCCAGAAUGCAAUGAUUUGUAGGACUUUUGAAUGGGAUCAUUUAACCAUUUGAAAAAAAUAAUGUUUAAAAAUCAUCUACCCUACUUUUGAAUUUUAGAUGUGAUACAGCCCAUGUUGUCUUUUUUAGCCAGGGUUGGAACUUGUAACAACAAUCAGAUUCGAUACGUGAUUUUAGCAGAAUCUGAGAAUUUCUUCCCUUGUUUCUUGGAGUCAUUUUCUGAGCAGACUGUCACCAAUAUUGGUAACUAAUCAUUAAAGAGUAAAGUUGCAUUGCAGCUGUGUAUUAUUGUCUUAGAACUUUCUUUAUGUUUUAGUGAAUCAAGAGUACUGAUGGGAUCACUUACUGUAACUCCUUCUACAGAAGGGCCCCUUCUGUAAGCAGAACACAAAUGCCAUGCUCAAGGAGUAUCCCUUUUUCUAGAGAUUAAGUUUGUUAGUAACUCCUUUACACUAGCUGUUUCUUUGUAUCCCUUUGCUGGCAAGGGAGUACAAGGAGUCAAACCAUAGAUCAGAACACCCCACAUUUGAGUGGAGACUUAUUUUUACUCUAAGGGGAGUUUUUCCCCCAAGGCUGAAACUGGCAAAAUUUUUUUUCUUAUAUAAAAAUUUAAAAAUAUCCCCUAAACCAUUGGAAAAAGGACACUGGCUGCACUUAGUACUGCCAAAAGCCAAGGUCAUUUGAACAUAUUCCAUCAUCCUUUCAAGAAUUAGGCCUCACUUUAUAACCCACGGCAUGGAAGUGCAUGCAUUCUCUUAGCUGGGCAAACAGUUAUACUGUAGUUGUGAUACAACACAUGUGGCUUUUGUUUGUACUGCACAUACCCACUGUACAGCCACUCGGGAGUAUCGUGGUUAGCUUGCAGCAACUGCCGUCUGCAUUUAUUACUGUUUAUUGCAUAUUCUUUUCCCUGGAAAUGAAAGAGAAACGUUUUUCUUGUUGCAUUGAUUACAUUUUAUAAAUUUGCUUAGCUGGAAAGUUUGGGAAAAGAGGCCUGUUUGUCAAUUGUACAACCGAUUGUGAAGCUUAGUGUGAAUAUUUUUACGUCUGUAUUAGACAUUUUCUUUGCAAAUCUAUUGUUCGAUUGAAAUGUAAAUGAAAUUAAAGAUGGUGUACACCCAUCAUGUAAAAAGCAGGCACCAUCUCUAAGAUGGAUUUAAUGCUCAUUUUUAAGGCAUAUACUCAGCUUCUAUUUAAAACUAUAAAGUAAUUCUGUACAAUGAAAUGGGGAAUAUAUAUGGGAAUAAAUUCUAUUCCAUUUAUUUCAAUUUGAGUUUCCAAAUUGUAAUGUUUCCCUUUGUGCUAUAGGAAUAGGAUUAAAUGGGGGGGAAGGCUAGGACUUAUAAAACCUGUAUAUGGGGGGAGGGCAGAGAUGGAGCAAUGAGGGUUGUGAUGAUAGUGAAUAGCAAAGAGUGAAUUCUGUUGUGUUUUUGCUGUAGCACCGAAGUGAAGAGAUAUUAGCUUUGGCUGUUCACAAAAUAGAGCAUCAUGAUUUUCAGUGUUUGAGAGAAAACUGAUGGAAAAAGUUUGCAGUACUUGACAUGUAUUUGCAUGCACAAAAUAAAAUUAUUUGUCCACCUUAAAAGUUGUUUGUUUAGUGUGAAUGUUAAGUUUUUGAUAUGCUUUAGUUGUUCUGAUAUAUAUCUUAUAAAGCUCCUUAAAUAGGAACUUAAAUGAUCUCUUGCUCCAUUGGUAUAUCUUUGGGAAGUAAAUAGACCCAAGGAAGUUGAUAUAUUUCCUAAUUGUCUGACAUUUCAUUAAAUACAGAAUACUUUUUAAAUGGGAGGUGGUGUAAAAAGAAAUAAUACUGAGUAUACUGUCUUUGGGAGAUAAUAGAACAGAUGCAUAAAUAGGACAAAGUCAUGUGUUAUGAAAGUAUGAAAAUCAUUCUGUAGGCUUCAGGAAAAAGUUUUUUUAAAUGACCUGAAUCUCAGCACCAUUGUCAUUGAUCCCAGGGUGCCUUUAUUUAUUCACCCAGCUGUGUCCUAAGCCUUUGUCUGUGCCAGUCUUUUAGACUAUAGGUCAAUAAAAUGAACCCUUUCCAUAGAAGCUCGUGGUAUAGAAAUGGGAAAAACCAAGAUGAAUAGCUCAGAAAGCUACAUACAAAGGGUCCAGAUACAGUUGUGUUGAUCAAGAGGGGGUGCUUCUCUGUGAGACAACCUCUGGCUAGACUUUAAAUCCUGCAUAACAUUUUUACCAGUAACAAAUCAUCUUCAUGAUCUCCUGAUCUCUACCUCUAUUUUGUAUUUUAAUCCUGUUUUUCAUCUGAGAGGUUUUGUAAUUUGCCAAGAUCUCAUAACCAGAAAGUAAUAGAGUCAGAGUUCUGCCAUCUUUCUCUCCCAAAAAGGUAAUAGUGGUGGCAGUUGUAUCCAUUUCCACCUAAGUGGAAAGUGUGAUUAAGGAAUGGGACUUCACAGAGUAAUAACAUAGACAGCCAAAUCUCAGAGCAUUUAGUAUGUUUCAGAGUUCUAAGUGUUACAACGUAGAUUAUUGUUACCAUUCUCAGACAAGAAAAGGAAUAUAGAUUCUUUUCAGAAUGGGCCCAAGUUUACACUGCUAGAAAAGGUAGAUAGGCAUUGAGUAUUAUACUAAAGAGAUUAUAAGAGCAUCUUGGAAGUUACAUAAGGGAAUGACUUGAGAUUUUUUAGAAAGGAUACUUUGGCAGUGGUGUAAAAGAUGAAAGCUGGAGAUAGACCAGCAAGGAGGCUGUGUUAAUACUGUAAGUGUAGACUACAUGACCAUGCAGGGAUGGAGGAAAAGAGAUGAGCUUGAAGAUUAGGGUUGGGGAGAAUGAAUGACCAGAUUUGCUGUGCUUUUUAAAAAAAGUGCAUUAGACAUCUGUGCAUUAUUAGAGGACUGGAAAUUUGUUUAAAGAUUACAAACCCUGUUUUACUGAGGACAGGUAUAAUUUUCACAUGCAGUCUUGAAUAAACCCCAGAGUGACUUUGGGGUAUAGGAAGAAGCAAGAAGAAGAGCCAUGAAGAUGUGAACCAGGCAGAGAAAACAAGUUACUACAGUGGUAGGGUCUUACAUAGCCCAUUUGGUCUCAAACUCAGAAUCCUGAGUGCUAAGAUCACAGAUGUACACCUUUACACCCAGCAUGGAAAGUUACCAUCAUGGAAGAAAUGAAAUUUCACAAAGAUUUAUGGCUAAUGCCUAUUGUAAAAACAUGCUUAACAUGCUACUGCUCAGAGACCUGUGGGAUAGCUUCAUAAAUAGGUCUUGCUUAAGGAUUUUUUUCAAAACCCAUUCUGAAUGAGGAUCAGAUGGAGAGUAAGAAAGGUGUGGUUAAAAAUAGAUAUAUAAGUCCAAGAGAAUGAAGAUUAGUUGUAUUUUCUUAAACUGUAUUUUGAAAUAUAGAGUCAUAGGAAGUUACAGAAAGUACAGACAUUACCAUGUACCUUUCACAUAGUUUGUCUCAUGGUAGUAUAUUGCAUAGCUAGUACAAUAUUAGAACCAGAAAACUGACAUCAUAUGCAAUCCAGUAGACCUUCUUUACCCCUUCUCAGCUUCAUGUGUAUUCAUUCACCUAUGUAUGCCCACCCACAAAGGGGUGUAUGAGUGGUUCUUACUCAGGUUUUUCAAGUGUAAGUUUGUGGAAAGGCCAUUGCUAAGACAACUGUUUUCCUCUCAUUCAUUCUUUUCGCCCUUUAUAGUCACACUAUUUUUCUUAGCAUGCUCUCUGAACCCUGGCAGCCACUAAUUUGUUCUCCAUCUCUGUAAUUUUGUCAUGAUGACAAUGUUAUAUAAGUGAAAUAAUACCAUAUGUAAUUUUUUGAAAUUGGCUGUUUUUUUAAAAUGAAUUUAGCACAAUUACCUUGAACUUCAUCCAAGUUGUUGCAUGUAUUAAUAGUUUGUUCUUUUUAUCGCUGAGUAAUAUGCCAUGGUAUAGAUAUACCAUGGUUUGUUUAACCAUCCUCCAUUAAAAGGCAUUUGAGUUGUUUCAAAUUUCUAUUACAAAUAAAGCUGCUAUGAACAUUUGUAUAAA